CACCCUGAGCAGCAAAGAGUUCUUUUUUUACGUAGCACGAAAUUCCAUUCAUUCCCUAUCAUUUAUCCUUUUCGUUCCCAAGCACUGGAACUGACAUGCUCUCGUGGUUGGACGCGACUUCCAAACGGCGUUUGUAGCCUGUUGGCUCCAAGUUAUUGCAUUCCAUCCAAACCAAAUUCAAAUCUAUCAAGAUGGCUCUAGAUGUGCAAGAUCCUGAGCCAAGAUCAAAGUCAGAAUCUCAAGUGCCAUUACAAGUUCCAAAAGACUUGGAACAACCGCAUAAUCAUGAAGUCUCGUCAUUACUCCAGAGUCCCUGUACCCUCGAAGCUCUUAUCGUGGAACUCGACGAGGUGGAUGCUAUUCCCUCUAGUCCAAAGUAUUCCAAUUUCGAUUUUUUUUGUACUAUUAUUUCGAUCGCCACCUACAUCUUCGACCUGGUCAUGGAUACGGUUGUGGCGGCGUACUUCUAUCAUUUGGGCGUGACGCAUGGGAUCUAUCACUAUUGGUACUUUGGUCUGACCGUGGCUUUCAUUCUCCUGCCGUCCCUAACAAUGACUGGCUUCAGUUUUCGAUGGUACCUCAUGGACGCGGAAAACACUGACCUACCGCCUGUGCCCACGUGGCGGUGGGUUCUCAGAUUGAUCGUUCUCAUGUUACAAAUUGCUCCAGUUCUCCGUUAUUUGGACUCCAUGGCCAAUGGGAUCCGCAGUCGAUAUUUCGCACGAGUGGCAGCCAAGGCCAAAAAUGUUCAUGACCGACAAAAAGCACGGAGAGACUGCUUGAAAUACUACACACUCAUGGUCUACGAAGAUGCCGAUGCGACAUUACUCCGCUUAUUUGAAUGCUUUAUGGAGAGUGCACCUCAACUAGUGCUUCAGAUGUACAUAUUGAUUCGCGAUCCUCAUGCUAUUCAAUUGUACAAUCGUGAGUUCGUUGGGGACGAGGCUGUCGAUCCCAUUCUCAAGCUCAGUAUCCUCAGCUUAAGCGUAAUCUCAUCUCUGAUCUCAUUAGCCUGGUCCCUUGUGGUCUAUCAUAGAAGCCUGAGAUAUACCUACACUGAGAAGGAAAACAUCCGGCUGGCCGGUAGUAUCUGCCAAUUCUUUUGGCACUUCUCAUCAAUCACGGCCCGAGUCCUGGCCCUCAGCCUAUUCGCCUCAAUAUACCCUAGAUUAGUUGGGCCCGUAUGUGUGGCUCAUUGGGUGCUCAUGUCAUCGUGGGUGAUAUACCAGGAAACAAGUGCCUGUAACAGCCGUUGUGAAGAGUUCCUCUUCAGUCUUGCUCUCGGAACCGUUUACAUCUUCUCGUUUUUUAAUGCCAAAGAGGAACACACACGCUACAAGUACCUUUUGUAUUACCUCUUCUGCUUCUGCGAAAACACCGUCCUCAUCAUAUUCUGGUUCUUGCACGCCAAUGCCAAUCUACCCAUCGGCCAGGAAUACUGGUACUACUAUCCAGGCAUUCUGGGCCAUUACGCCAUGUUCUUUGGCGGGAUCUUCUUCAUGAUUCUCUACUACAGCUUCUUUCAUCCUACGGGUGUUCACCCUCGGGCCCGAGCUCUCUUCGCUAAAAAACUCAGAAAAUCAGCCCCCUCCUCCAAAAGCGAAGCGGCAGAGAAGGAGACACCAGCCUUCAUUGAUCUCCGCGAAAUCCGGUCUGAUUUGCACGGAUUGGGACGUCGCCCCUUGUCUGACGGGGCCAGUAGUGUCAGUUCGCCAGCCCUCGAUGAAAUCGAUUUGUCCUCGAGCUCUCAUUUACCCGAGAAUAAUAUUAACCGUGAGCUCAAGCGAGCCUCGAGUGCUCCAAAUCCGGGGGGUAGACUUCUGUUUCGAAAUACCCGUUCCUUUAAAUAUAUGCUUAGUAAAUGAGUUUUAAUUUUAGUUACGAAAUAAACACAAUUAUUAUUUCUUCA